AUGGAGCUGAUUCCUGGUUUGCCGCUAAUGGAGAAGAUCGUGACGCUGAAUUGCGGAGGUCGCAUCGCUGUAUGGCGGAGAGCGCAUCAACGUUUGAGCCGUUUCCGUCUGACGCUGGUGGCAUGGCAUCUCGUGGAGCGACCACGGGCUGCUGGAGUGCUGCUGGCUGAUCCUGGCGCUGCUGGAGUGCUGCUGGCUGAUCCUGGCGCUGCUGGAGUGCUGCUGGCUGAUCCUGGCGCUGCUGGAGUGCUGCUGGCUGAUCCUGGCGCUGCUGGAGUGCUGCUGGCUGCUGAACUGCACCUGGCGCUGCUGAGGUGGACAGGCGCAACUUUGUGCACCUGUCUGUGUGUUCCCUUCCCCUCUUUUUCAGCAAUCAUGGGUUCUUCACUGCAGAUCGGUUCUUCACUCAAGGAUGCGCCGAGCAGAGGAGAAGAGGAGCCUGCAGAGAACGGCAGUAUUGACUCGGGAGGACGGCAGCAGUUAGAGGGAGAAAAGAAGGUGGUCACUUCCAGCAACGAGACGGCGCGAAGGCAAGGCGGCGGCACUUCAGCAGAGGUGUGUGUUCUGUGGCACUUGAGCAAGGGCGAGCGUGGUGGGAUGACGCACGGCCGGCAGCCACUGGCGUGUGGCUGCCUCCUACUCGCCCUGCUGACCACCCGCUCAAGGCAAGGAGGACACGUGGGACAAGGAGGUAAGCACGCGACUCUUGGGGAUCGAGGCAAGAAGGACACUUGGGGAAUGGUGGAGGAGGCAACCAGGCGGCACUUCAGAGUAGCGGUGGGACGUGUUGAGGCGGAGAGGGUGGUGCCACUGUCUCUCGUAAGUCCUCCUCACGGCUGGCCCCGCUCAUCGCUGCUCCUCGUCUUCUUUCUUCAGCACCGCCCUCCCUGCACCUUCUCUUCCAGCUUUGACGCCCAACCCGACCUGCACUCUGUCCUCAUCCCCUUCCCACCGUCGAGGAGGGCGCACGGGGAGUCUACAGCGUCACAUUCGGCACGGGGUGAGGUGGAGGAACGUGAGGGAGUGGUUGAUGGGUUGGACGAGUGGAUGCAUGGAGGGGGAUGCUGUGGAAAGUGGAACGGAGAGUAG